AUGAUGUUGAAUAUUAAUGAUGAUGAAAUUAACUAUGGUAUUUAUCGAUCGGAUGACCCUUUAAGUAACUUUAAAAUUCGUGUCAAAUUAGAACGCUACACAUCAAAUUCGUUAAUACCGAGUCUAGAGCGGCUCAAAAUUCAAGACGAUCUAUCACGUUUACUUGAUAACGAAGGAAGAGGUCUAGAAAAAAUGAAAGGUAGCAAUGCCGAUGUGGCGCGAUUGCUCGAUAAAGCAAGAAGCGAGGAAUACGAACAAGUUGAUAUUAGUUGGCAGCAAAAGCUUUUUAAUCAGGUGGAGUUUGAAAUCUACGAGAAAGAUAUCGGACCUGACAGCACGCUAGUUGAACAACAAUAUUUUAAUGAAAUAGGAAAAAUGAAAAAAACUCGUAGACAACCUGGAAAAAUAUUUACAUAUAUUGAAAAGGAUCCAUAUUGUGCUGAAAGAAAUCUUGAUUUUUUCAUGACUGAUUCCCCCGAUGAACAGCCAAGUCAAUUAGCAUUAGCAAUAAAUACUUUUCAAAAACCUCCAGUCUUUCCAUUUCAAAUUAGACCAAGCAAUGAAGCUUUUAUUUCUAAGAUAAAUCUUAUCCACGAAAACCCAACACUUCAUGAGAUUCAAACAAAUCAUUUUGCCUCUUUGCCAUAUCAAACAAUGUACAUAAUGGCUGACUUGAGUGAUAGAAUCGAUGCGACAGCAGGCGCAGCUGCAUUUGGCUCACGAACAACUAAUGAACAUGUUCUAUGCCAAAUAAAUGCCUAUUCAAAUGGUACCAUCGUAUUAAAACCAGAUUUUAAUACUGGUAAAUUAGCUUAUAUGAUUGAAUCGAAGAAUUUCAAUAAUGAUUUUUAUCAGUAUUACAUCGAGCAUGUUUCAAUACCAGUCACUAAGGAUGAUCUUAGAAGAGAGAAAAGAUUAUUAACAGAAGUCGCUGCAAGACAACAAGCAUAUUUAACAAAAAUGGUCGGAAAAAAAUUCGAUACGCCACCGCCCAAUGUUCUUAAAUUAAAUGUUUUCGGUGAAAUUGUUAGUGGAAAAAAUUUCGACUACGAUAAUAUUUAUGUUUAUUAUUGUUUAGAUUUAACUGAUAAUUGGUAUGUCGAAUCAUCAAUGCUUUUAUCUGGUUAUACACAUACAGCAAGUUCUACUGCAUCUAGUAAAUAUGAUGACAUUGUUUACUAUUCAUAUCCAUUUGAAUUUGAAGUAUGGUACAAACCAUCGCCUCACGCAGCUGAUCAUGAACUUCCUCGAAUGCCAAAAAUCUAUUUUCAAAUUGCUUCAUUAGAUUCAUGGAAUCGUCAUCGAACAGAAGGCUAUACAUACAUCGAUAUUCCAAGUAUUCCAGGAUUUUACGAUGAACAUUUAUCAUGUUGGAGACCAUAUGGUAAUUCCAUAUUUGAUGAACUGCGUCGUUUCUAUAUGGGAGGUUCGUCUGAACUUGAAGAUAUAAGUUAUGUUGCUAUACCGAAAUCAUUUCAAAACAAAAACAAUAAUAAAAUCUUAAGUCGUUUUGGUUUUCGUACUGCUUCAACGGGAAUGCUAAAUAUUCGACUCAAUGUUGUUUUUCAAUCACAAAGUCUAGCAAAAGAAUAUAAAAAAAAUCCCCGUAGUUCCGUCGUCAAACAUCAUGGGUUUAACGCAUUUAUGACCAAUAUUAAUGAUACUAUUCACGAAUACGAACAAGCAAAACGACGUGCAUUUGCAGUACGGGAAAGAGUAUUUCGAGAACACAAUUUCGAAGCUUAUGAAUAA